UUCUUGGAGUUGCUGUAGAUAGAGAUUUAAAUAGUAAUAAAACACUAGCAGACCAACCAAUUGUAUCAAAAAUUUUUGUGGAUUUAAAACACAAGGCGAUAACUAAAUACCUUGAACAAUCAAUAAUGAACUUUUAUACUCGAGCUGUAUAUGCUGCUUGUAUUUGUGCUAGUGAUGAUAAUUACACACUAAUUAUGGAUAAAGACUUAUAUCAAAUGCAUUAUGAUAUUAUAGUAGAAUAUUUAUUUGAUAAUUAUAGCCAGUAUUGGAAACCUAACCUUGUUGACAAAUCUAGUAUACAAUUAAAUGCUUUAAAAGCUUUUCUUAAAGGAAUUAUUCAAUUAGCUCCUCACCAAAGUUUAAUCACAAAAAUACAUACUAGUCAAAAUGAAUAUGUAAAUAGAAUAAAGUUAAAUUAUACAGACAAAAAACAGGAUUAUCCAAAAUCUUAUAGAACUCGCUAUGCAUUAGCAGUAAUUCAUAACAAUAAUAGUUUUCUGGAAAUGUUGCAAAUUUUGCGACAAGCAGGGAAAAUUUCGAGUUUUUCAGACCAAGAUUUACUAAACAUCAGCAAAAUUUGGAAACAAAGAGAAGAUAAAUGA